CGACGCCAGAAGCCACAAGCAGUCGCUGUCCUUCCGCCUCUCCUUUCGCGGGCGCAAAGGAUCCCGUGGGCCAGACCACUCCCUUUAUCUCCAGUCCAGACCUUGUGACUCGCUGGCCGCAGCAAUAUGGCGAAUAGGAACACCACGCGGCUUCUGAAGCCCACUAGCAGCACGCAGAGCAUGUCCAGUGCGUUAUCACUGCAGCCGGCGCCAUUGACGAGCGCUACGUUCUCGCGUGCCGUCGAGGAGGACCUCGAAUCGCAGGCGCGUGCAUCGCUCAGCCUCUUCGGCUUUGGCUCGCAGGACUCAGUUAACUGGAGCCCCGUCAGCGCCAGCGCAGCCGCUGCCGCCGCGUCCACCACAGAGAACCCGGGAACGGGCGGCGCAAUUAAGGUCCGCGUCAUGGAGCGCGUGUGUCCGAUUGGUACCAACAAGUUUCUGUGGAAAACCAUGAACUCGCUCGUUAACGGCGGUGAAGGAGGUGAUGACCAGGCGAGUUCUAGCGCAGACCCCGCAGCCGCUAAUGGUAGCAACAACAACGGCGCGAGUGGCAGCGGUGCAUGGGAUGGUGACACUUCCGAUUGGGACGCUGCGUCGUCGGCUGCUGGACUAGGCAAUGUGUUCACGUCCAAAGUGCUGCAGCAAUACCUUGUGAAAUGUGUGGCGCUGUUACCGUCAUCGAUUGAGGAGGUUGUGGAUCUGCUCGUCCGCUCCGACAGAGAAGAUAUGGAACUACCCAUGCAACAUCUUGUUGGUGUUCGAACCAGCGCGUCAGCCUUCAUUUAUCGCCGCAAGAAGAAGAAGCGUCUGCGUCGCAGCAAUAACAACACGAGCAACGGCACCAGUGGGAAAAGUAGUGACUUGACGUCGCAACGAAUUGCCUCCCAGGCGUCAACACAAGACUGUGACAGCGAAUCUUCGUACUCGGACUCAGACUUGGAAACCGAAGACGAUUUACAGUCUUUCACAGGUUUCAGUCGAGAAUCAACUACCGGGCGCGCUCGAGGCACUCGCGGCGAUUCACUAGAGACCGAUCGAUUAGGAUCUACAAACUCGGGGCCGUUCUUGUCCCCUUCUUACAUGGAAGAUUAUCGUACAGCAAUAGCAACUUCGGGUCAUCAGGGAAACCUCAGCAUCAAGUGGAUUGUCGGCGAAAAGUCCAGUCGGAUGUUUGCAUCUCGAACAACCUAUUGCCUCUUGGAUUACGAGUGUAUUCUGGUGAACGAUUGGGACGAACAUGCAGACCCAUCACCAAUGUACGUGCGCACGAUGCAAUCGUGCUACAACCCGCAAUGCCAGCCUUGGCUGGAUGAGGUAGGCUCCAGACCUACGGAUCUCCAACCAACAGGUUUUAUGGUACGCCAAGCACGUAGUCGCGACGGAUAUGUAGAGAUCCAGUUUGUAGCGUCAAUUUUGGAGAAAGCACAGCUACCGAUGGCCUCUCGGCGCGCGAAGUUGCGCGCAUUGGGUGCUAAAAUCGCGCGUUUGGAAGAGGUACUUACGAGUCGGCGCUUAUCGCAGUCUCUACUUGUGAAUGCACCGCACUGGGUACACAAUCGUGAACGUUUGGGAUGCCGUAUCUGUGAUGCAAAAUUCGGGCUGUCACGCCGUCGUCAUCAUUGUCGUCUGUGUGGCGAAAUUUGCUGCUCUGAGUGCUGCCCCAAGAUGGACGUUGCUCUUCCUGAUGUCGGCUCAACGAGUGUACGGGUGUGCAUUGGGUGUGUCCAGAAACGCCGAAAAAGCUGCGAGUCGGCGGCAUCUGCAUCGGGAGCGUCAACGACGGUAUCUACUCUGUCACCAAUAAAAGGCGCUUGCCUAAACACCCCACCGCCGCCAGGCCACCCUGCACUACGCUCAGCUUCAUCAUCGCCAUCCGACUACUACUUAUCGUCCUCAUCGAGCUACAGCUCUGCUACAAGUAGCUUUACAACCGCCAGCAGUCUAGGCGAGAGAAAGCACUCGCUGGCGUCGUCGGUUUUCCAGAAAAUGAAGAGUAGCUCACUCAGCUAG